CUCCCCAAAACACUACGCUUCGACCAACAGAGCAAGCCGCCUUCCGGUGUCUCCUCUCGUUUUCUCCGCCGCUAAUUCCAGUCGGAUUCGUCGGCAACCGAUCGGAAGAUCAAUAAUCAGCUUCGUCUACUUGCUGCUCUUGUGCUUUCGAGAUGCUUGAUUCGAGCGGCAAACAAGAGCAGGUAGACCAUGAAUUCUCAGGUGAAGUCAGUAAUAAUGAAGACCAUCCACUUUGCCUCACGGAUGUGCAAGAAAACACUUUGUUUGCCUUUAAAGAUGACAGAAUGAAAGGCAAGAACGAAGGCCUUGCUGGUGAUGUGACUUCCAGGCCAAUAUCUGGAUCUGAGAAUGAUUUUACUUGUCAUUAUAUGGAAAACAAGUCCAUUUCUGGUAGAGAUGAGGCAAUUUCCACUUCAAAUCUUGACCUGGAUGUAUUGCCUGAUUUCCCUACACUUUAUGCAUCAUAUAGCAGAGGGCAAAUUGAUGCCAGUGAUCAGGACUCUCUGCAGACGGAGUUGAUAAAUGAUUUUACAGAUUCAUCAAACCUAAAUGCUGUGAGAGAUUGUACAAUGGAAUUUCUUCCUUCUGAUGCUAUAUCUAAUGAAGAUUCAUUCAUGGUGCAUAAAUCAUAUAGUUUCUCGACCAGAAGCACAGUGCAGCUAGAUACUAAACCAAAAAUAUCUGCUAAUGAGCGUGAUGAUAAAGCAAGUGAUAGCCUUCUAGACUGUGAUUGGGAUAGUAUUGAAGAUUUUGAUCUUGAUGCAGUUUUCAGCAGAAGUGACUCAAUCGAUCACUUUUUUGGAGAUGACAUGAUGGAUGUUAGUGAUGGAUUAUUUUCACCAUCUGAUCCUCUAAUCAGUGGCAUCACUGAGUUUGUUCCAGUGCCCGACGCAGCAUUAUGCAAGGAGGAACUUUCUGAUAAAGAAUUUUCUUCCCUUCGGUUAGAUGAAGGAUGUGAUGCUAAAGGAAAUGUCUCACAGAGAAGUCAGGUAGAUGAGCAUGAAAGUUUGUUGACGUAUUGGGAAAAGGAAGAGGAAAAGAGCAAGAAAAUAAUGUCCCAAGAGUUGACAGGUCCCUGGUCUUAUGACAUUAAAAACCAACAAAGUCCAAGUCAUCAAUUCCAUGAUUCCUCUUGUGUUACUCCACAAUCCUAUCAGUCGUCAGAUAGCAGCCUGCAAAGGAAAGCUAGUGAUGAGGAAUCUGUUGUUUGUGUUGGUACCUGCAAUGACAUUAUAUCCAGUGAUUCUGGAUAUCCUUCAUAUCCCUUUCCUGCCAUUGAAGGAGGCUCAGAUGUUUGUGCUGAACACAGUAAAAAAGAAUACUUUUCUAGCUGUCAAUUCUGUCAUUUAGAUCCUUGGAGGCAUUCAAGUUCUGCUUUUGGAUAUCGUCAUGCUCAGAGAAACCAAAAGAAACCUAUUUCUAGUGGUGAUAGAGGUAAAGCUGAUCCAUCAGUACACCCAAAUCCUGUACAAAAAAUACCAGCAAUUUCUAUAACACCUCAAGAGAGAAAUGGGAAACCAAAGCAGAUGCAGAUAACACAAUCUAGGUUUGAAGUUCAACACAAGAGGAAACAAUAUGAUGAUCUGAAAUCUGGUUCUGAUAGCUCAAUCUGUCAAACAUCUCCAGGGAACAGCCACAGUCAGAUUAUGACAAGCAUUGUUGGAUCUAAAGAAAUUUGUAAUGACCUUACAGUUAUGGAGAAGAACAUGCUUGUGGAUGCCCCGAGGAUCUCUAUUGUGAAUGAUGAUAAUUCUAUAGCAGAAACAAUAUAUUGUCAGCUUCAGGCCGCACUGUCAAUGUUGGAUAAUAGGUUAAAGUUUUGCAUCAGAGAUAGUAUAUUCCGUUUAGCAAAAAGUGCGACAGAAAGGCACAACAUUACUGACAGAAAUGGUACAAACAAAGAUAAUGUGGAAAGAAAUGCUGCAGCAAAUGGAGAAGCAGACAAUAAAUGCAGAUCUAGAAACUUAUCUGCCUCUGAAACCGGUACAAACCCCGUAGACCGGAUUGUCGCUCAGUUGCUCUUUCACAGGCCUUCCAAGUUAUCUUCCUGAUAUAUCAAAGAUGAAUUUGCUUAAUCAUCCAUUGUAGUUAACCCAGGUAAGUUGUCGCACCUGUAUCAAUAUUUAACACACACAGUUAACUCGAAGGGCAUGUAAGAGAAGGAGAAGCUGUCCCAAAAAAAGCUAAGACAAAACUCCACUGAGUAGACUACCAAAUGUCAUCCUACUGUACCGUGGAAACAUAUCGAUGGAACAUGCUCGAUGAAACGGUCAAUCUCCAAUGUCAAGUAAGAUGUAUAUUAGCUUUACUGGUUCCUAAGAUUUCCACCUUGAGAUCCUUUUUAUCCGCA